AUGGAACAAGAGUUGAGAAACUUAAGCAAGGUAUGGAUCUCUGCUUUAGUCUCCAUCUGUUAUUGUUAUUUUAUCUCAUGUAGAAUCUCCAAAGGUGUUCUUCGGCUCAUCACCAUUCUUCCAGUCAGUGUUCUGUUUCUUGUUCUUCCUUUGUCCUUCUCUUCUGUGCAUUUUUGCGUUAUUUCAGCUCUUUUUUUAUCAUGGCUCGCAAAUUUCAAGCUUAUGCUCUUUGCUUUUGAUCAAGGACCUUUGUAUCCACUUCCUGCUAAUCUCUACCGUUUCAUCUGCUAUGCUUGUUUCCCCAUCAAAAUCAGACAAAACCCAUCUCCAAGUGGCAUCGCAAAUCGUCUUCGUAAGAACAAACCUAUACCUAAAUUUGUUUUUGCUGUCAAAAUUUUGAUCUUUGGUGUCUUGCUACAUAUCUAUGAAUACAGCGACAGUUUACCUCGGUUUGCUGUUUUGAGUAUAUAUUGUCUCCAUAUAUACCUUGAGUUGGAACUUGUUUUGGUCUUUGUCGGGGGCGUGGUAUCUACUCUUCUUGGCUGUGACAUCGAGCCGGUUUUCAAUGAGCCCUACCUAGCCACCUCUCUACAGGACUUUUGGAGCCGCAGAUGGAACCUCAUGGUUUCAGCUGUCCUACGAUCAACCGUCCACAUUCCGGUUCAGCGUUUUUGCACACGCUUUCUCGGUCCAGGCGCAGCUGUGUUAGUAGGUGUCAUGGCCUCGUUCCUUGUCUCGGGUUUGAUGCACGAGUUGAUCUACUUUUACGCAAUCCGUCUGCCUCCAACUUGGGAGGUCACUUGUUUCUUUGUGUUGCACGGUGUAGCCACUACCACAGAGAUAGCGGUGAAGAGAACUCUGCGGUGGAGACCACCGCAUAGGGCUGUUUCAGGUCUCGGGGUUCUAGCGUUUGUGAGCGUUACUGGCGUUUGGCUCUUCCUCCCUCAACUGCUGAGAAAUAAUGUUCAUGAAAGAGCGAUUAGUGAAUGUUUGUUGGUUAUUGACAUUGCCAAACGCACGUUGUUCAUUUCUUCUUCAUGAUUCUUAUUUUUUUCCUAAUAUAAACUACAAAUACUAAUAGCAAAGGAACCACCCUUUAGAAGUUCUCUUCAUUGUGUGAAAACGUAUUUAGAAGUGUGAGACGUGUUGUUUAGUUCACUCCUUACAAAGUUUAACAUGUUGCUAGCUUGAUUUGAUAAAUGAAUUUGACAAAAUAUAUUGCUGCUUCUUUAUGUUUUAGUUGUAUCA